AUGAUACCUACUUCUUCUUCCAGCAGUAGCUCCAGUAGUAGUAGUGAAGAAGAAUUAAGUUCAAGGCCUAAAAAAAGGAGAAAAGUGGCAAAUUUUGUUGAAGAAGUGGUAGCAGGCUACGACGAAGUAAUAUUCAAAGAACAUUUUCGUAUGUCAAGAAGGACUUUUCAAAUAUUGAUAGAUAGAUUUCAAAGAAGCCCUUGUUCAGCUAGACCUAACAACAAAUCGGAAAUUCCUUCAGAUAAGGCAGUCUUAUUGACUAUAUGGUAUUUAUCAAAUACUGAAACUUUCCGUCAAAUAUCAGAUAGAUUUAAUUUAUCAUUGAGUUCAGCUCAUCGAACUUUCUUUAGGGUGAUUGACUUCCUACUCAAUUUAAGAUCAGAAUUUAUCAGAUGGCCAACUGAUCAGGAGAAAAUCCAAAUCAGCUCUGAAUUUUCAAAAAAGCAAGGCUUUGCUGGGGUUAUUGGUUGUAUUGAUGGUAGCCACAUAAAAAUUAAUAGACCCGGCAAUGACCGAGAAUCAUAUAUUAAUAGAAAAGGUUAUCAUAUUAUUUUGAUCCAAGGAAUUGCGGAUCAUAAAAAAAUAUUCACAAAUGUCUUCUGUGGAGAAGCAGGGUCCUUGCAUGACUCAAGAUUACUUAGAAAAUCAAAUUUAUUUGAAAAAGCUGAAGAAGACCCUGCCCUUUUUGGUGAAUAUUAUUUGUUGGGUGACUCAGAUGUCCAUCUCUCCGAUGGCUUUUACCUCCAUUCAAUGCAAAUAAUAUGCAGAGGAAAAAUUGAAGAAAUCAAGUUGAGCAAUUAUAAUACGAUUGAGGAAUUUUUUGUUGAUUUCGAGAAAACAACAAAUGACUUUAAAGCAGCCGGUGGAAGAAUGGAUGAACCACAGAAGAUGAGAUACUUACUCAGUGCCUUACCUCCAAGUUACAGUUUCAUUGGUGUAGUUCCUGGAGAGCAGAGAACGGUAGACUACGUAAAGUCAAAAAUAAAAGAAAAAAACAUGACGUCUAAUGACGCUAAAAACAAAACUAAUAUUAGUACAUUUACAGCAAAAACUGCAGCCCAAUGUUUUAUAUGUGGAAAGACGGGCCACUUUAAGAAGAACUGUUGCCAUGGUCAAGGAAGAAACCCAAUCAAUCAAAUUCGAGGAAGAAACCGUGGUCAAGGAAGAUACCAAACCAAUCAAGGGCAGCGAGGAAUACAGAGAAGUUCCAACCGAGGCAGAUUUCACAAAGGUGGUGGUCGAGGCACAGGUCAAGAUCAACUCAGAGGUGAAUCGCUAAGCACUCACCAAGAUAACUCUUCAUCACAGUCAUGA